UAUUCUAAUCUUAAUAAUCUUAUACAAACAUUCUGGUAGCCAACAAAAAUUACAUGUCCCUAUGCAAAGUAUAUAAAUUUGAACACUACUUCCUCAAUUAAGUAAACACCAAUCAUUGCACAAUGUCUAAUAAUAGACAUCUUAACACACAAGUAUCAUUUCUGAUUCUAUCAUCUAUUCUUGCCCAAAUUUCAUCUGAACAACAAACAAAGAUCCAUUUAAGCCUCAUCCAUCGCGACUCCUCCCUUUCGCCCUUAUACAAUCCCCGAGACAGUCCUUAUGAACGCAUUAGACAAUCUUUCGUAAGGUCAAAAGCUCGCCUUUCUUAUCUUAUUAACAAUGCUAAUGACAAUAUGAGCGGUGUUGAUUUUCAAGGAAGUAUGGAAGGUAAUGAUGGCGAGUAUUUCGUCAAAAUAUGCAUUGGAACACCUAGAGUUGAAUUACUUGCUUCUGUCGAUACUGCUAGCGAGUUAGUUUUGACUCGAGGUUAUAAUCGAAAGCAAUCCUCAACUUACAAUCCUAUACCUUGUAAUUCUUCUAUAUGUACUCUAGUACCUAACAAUUCUUGUGAUUCUUUCAAUAUGUGUAGUUUUAGUUCUGUUUAUGCAGACUUUCCUCUUGCAUAUAGCCUUCUUGGAAGCGAUAACUUCACACUCGAGACUUCGGAUGAACGAUUUUUUGCUUUACAAGACAUCAUUUUUGGUAUCGAAAACGACGACAACGUUGAUGAAAAUGAACUUAAUAGUACUAGUCCUACUCAAUAUGAUGGAAUUCUUGGGUUAGGGUAUCAUAAUCUAUCUUUAGUAAUGCAAAUGAGCUCAAUAAUCGAGCCUAAAUUCACCUAUUGCUUUGGGAAUACGAGUGAUCCUGAUGCGAAAAAUCAAUUAGUACUAGGCAAAGGAGUCUUUCUCGAAGGCCAAACGACAUCAUUGAAGGUGAUCGAAGGGAGGUAUAAUCUAGUACUCGAAGGUCUAAGUAUAGGGAAAAGACGGCUAGAUAUUCCACCGGACGUUUUUCAAGUAAGUGAGUCGGGUGGUCAAGGAGUGAUUAUUGAAUCAGCAACGACGUUAACCUUCUUAGCACCGGCUGCUUACUAUAAGCUAGUCGAGGAGUUGGAACAAGACAUUGGGUUGGUAUCAGAACUAUGGCUUGAUCCUCCUUUCGAGCGAUGUUAUAAGGGAAACGUAAUGGACAUACAAGAAUUUCGAGGGCUGAUUUUCCAUUUCGAAAGAGACGUAAAUGUUGUUAUGGAUGUUUCAAACUUGUUCUUACAAGUGGGAAAUGAAAUGUUUUGCUUGGCUGUGUUGCCAAGUCCUGUAGAAGGAGUUUCAGUUUUAGGGAGCUUAUUUCAACAAUAUUAUAGUGUUGGGUAUGAUCUUGGUGAAAUGCUUGUGUCGUUUCAACGUAUCGAAUGUGAAGUUCUUGAAUCACAUUUUAGAAAUUGAAGUGAAACUUUUAAAUCUCUACUUUUUUUUGUUGUAAAUUGAAAUGAAAUAUGUGAUUUUGUGCAAACCGGUUAAUUAUGGCUAAUAUGUUAAUAGUAGAUGAUGUUUACAAUUAAGAUUCAAUAAAAACAAAUACCUUACAUUGAUGUAAAGGUAAUGUUGCAUAUCAACCCGUUAAAUUGGUUGUGUUUUAUAAUGAAAUUUUUUUAAAAUAAAAAGGCGAAUACUUAAAGGUAUUUUUUUUGCAAGUGUGAUUAUUUUAUAAUGAAAUUUAAAACAAAUUUUCUAUAACAAUAUAAUAAAUAUGCAACAAGAAGUAUGUAUAGAUGUUACACAUGGUGGAAUCCAUAACAAACCAUUUGACCGCCGACUUGUUAUUUCAUAUUAACACAAUUCUAGUUAUAAUUCUCACUUGUAACAUUUAUGUAUAAUCGAUAUAUAACUUCUGUUAUUUCAAUCCAAGUGUUGGACUCAAUUUCUUGAAAAUCUUAACAAUGUUAUUAGU